AUGUAUAUAUUCUAUAGCUGUCCUGUGACUGGAUACUAUGGAGAGAAUUGCACCAAAACCUGUCCACGUAACUGUUUGGGACAGCAGUGUGACGCCGUUACUGGUGACUGUUUUAUUGGAUGUAUACAAGGAUUUCAAGGCCCACACUGUAGUUAUUAUAAUUUUGCCCUGCGGAGACCAGCAUGGCAGGACCAUGAUUACCCAGGUCAUUCUGCAGACUGGGGAGCAGCUAAGGCAGUAGAUGGGAAGUAUUAUAACCGCUCUGUAUUGGGAAAACAAUGUACAAUAUCGGCAAACGAUCAAGUAACGGCAAAAUGGUAUGUAGAUCUAGGGAGGAUAGUCAGCAUCAGUCACAUCCACAUCUACUACAGGACUGGUAAUAAACCUAGUCCUGGUGCAUUCUACAGUCGUUUUGCUGGAUUUUUCGUGUAUGUUUCAAACGAUACUUCUACGGACAACGGAAUUGAAUGUUUUCAUGAAAUACAAAAUAUUACCGGUACACCCACAGAAAACCAAACAAUAAGUUGUCCAUUUAACGGACGUUAUGUGAUAUACUACAACGAGAGGAGAGCUGGCGUACACUAUCCAGUUUAUUACUCCGAACAUGCUUUUAAUGAAUUGUGUGAAUUUGAAGUUUAUGGAUGUCCUAACUCUACAUACUAUGGAAAUUAUUGCGAACAAUUGUGUUCGGAGAGUUGUCUUGGACAGAGAUGUAAUUUCUUAACAGGAAACUGUCUCAUGGGAUGUUCAAGGGGAUAUAAGGGGCCUCAGUGUAGACAAAAGUGUACGGGUGGAACAUACGGAUUGAAAUGUAACAAAACCUGUGGACACUGUUCUGACGAAUCACAAUGUUAUCAUGUGAAUGGUUCAUGCGUAAAUGGAUGUUCUUCAGGAUAUAAAAGUCCUCUUUGUAACACAAAAUGUGACAGAGGUUAUUUUGGUGACGCCUGUAGGCAGACUUGCGGUCAUUGUAUUGGUAACGCACCGUGUCAUCAUAUCAAUGGUUCCUGUCUGCAAGGAUGUUCUGCCGGAUACGAGGGUCCUCUCUGUAAAAAACAAUGUGACGAAGAAAAGUAUGGAUUGAAGUGUAACAAAACUUGUGGACACUGUUCUGACGGACCACAAUGUCACCAUGUGAACGGAUCAUGUUUAAAUGGAUGUUUAAAAGGAUAUAAAAGUCCCCUCUGUAUCAAAGGAUGUGACAGUGGAUUUUUUGGUGACGCCUGUAGGCAGACUUGCGGUCAUUGUAUUGGUAACGCACCGUGUCAUCAUAUCAAUGGUUCCUGUCUACAAGGAUGUUCUGCCGGAUACGAGGGUCCUCUUUGUAAGAAAAAAUGUGACAUAGGAAAGUAUGGACUGCAGUGUAACAAAACCUGUGGACACUGUUCUGACGGACCACAAUGUUACCAUGUGAACGGAUCGUGUUUAAAUGGAUGUUCUCCAGGAUAUAAAAGUCCUCUCUGUAUCACAG